UACAACAAAAUGUGGAAAAAGUCAAGGGGUGUGAAUACCUUCUGAAGGCACUGUAGGCUAUGGGGAGAUGACACAUGCACACAUUAUUUUUCUUUUUAACUAUGAAAGGUUCAAGCAGACUGUGAGCCGUACAUCAUUCUUAUUCGAGAGGAGGAGAGGUGCCUUCAUGAGUUGCGGCUGCAUAAUGUGUCCAAAACUCCCCAACCAGUCCCACAGGUAUCAAAAUCUGAAACUGCACAUCAGCACAUCACUGGGAACCAGGCCAGUUUGACAGUGGACUAGGUUUCCCUCUAGUGGCAGUAUAGAACUGCAAGGGUAUGUGGGACCACUUGAAUUGCUGGUCUCCUGCUUUUGUAGGGGAAACUGCAUCACAUAACUGUCCCAAUUUCUUCAAAUCAGAAGGUAAAGUGUACCGGAACUGCACAGACACGGGCUGGACGGACCCAUUCCCUCCUUACGAGCAUGCAUGUUUCAACGAAACCUUACACUUACUUGGAGAGUCACAUGACUCCCACAUGUACUUCCCCUACGUGAAGACCAUGUACACUGCAGGCUACGCUCUCUCUCUAAUCUCUCUCACCAUCGCCAUCACCAUCCUCUGUCUCUUUAGGAAACUGCACUGCACCAGAAACUACAUCCACAUCCAACUCUUUGUCUCCUUCAUCCUGCGUGCUUCCUUCAUCUUCAUCAAAGACUCUGUGCUCUUCACCGAUGAAGACUUCUACCAUUGUGACGACUACCCAGUGGUGUGUAAGUUAGUGGUGAUGUUCUCCAACUACUGCAUCAUGGCUAACUACAGCUGGCUGCUGGUGGAGGGACACUACCUCCACACCCUGGUCAGCGUCUCCUUCUUCUCCAAGAAGAAACCCCUGUGGUGGUACAUCAUCCAGGGCUGGGGUUUGCCAAUGAUUGUCAUUGUAUCCUGGGGCUUGGCAAAAUACUUCUAUGAGGAUGAAGGCUGCUGGGAGACAAGGGUACAUGACUGGGUUUGGUGGAUUCUCAGAGUACCAGUCCUACUCUUCAUAGUUAUUAAUUUUAUAUUUUUUCUGAGUAUCAUACGAAUUCUGGUGGGGAAACUGCGGAUGCCAGACAUGCAUGGAACUGAAUUCAGCCAAUACAAGAGACUUACCAAAUCUACUUUUCUUUUGGUGACCCUCUUUGGUUUGUACUACAUCCUCUUUGCCUUCUUACCCAUCAAAGUCAGUGGUUUAACUUACAAAAUAUGGACCUUUGUUGAGCUGGCUCUUGCAUCAACACAGGGCUUUGGAGUUGCUGUUCUUUACUGUUUUCUAAAUGGGGAGGUACAGUACGAGGUACAGAGGAGAUGGCGAAGGUGGAGGCUGAAGCAGCAUCUACACGGGGCGCCAAGACACCAUGGCUCCAUGAGCCAAAGCGGCUCUCCCCUUACCCAGGUCUCCUUGCUUCCCUGUUCCGGACCGGCCAGCCUGGCAUGACCUUUGACGACCCCCCCCCAAUCACUGGAGAUCUCUU